AGUGGGAGGGUUGACAGCACUGCCAUUUUAAAUGAAUUGGACGUUUAGACGUGUCUGUUCUGUUUUUUUUCCCCUGUGAAUACGAACCACACACGCGACCUCACGCAUGUGUCAUGACGCAAGAGUGGUCCUGGGCUCUGCUCGACGCGGGUACUGUCUCUUUAAAUUUACCCAGGAGCCCCUUAAGGAGCCCCAGGGGCCCCUUGUCCGGCUCCCCACCCUGAAGACAAGCAAGAGUCUCCAAAAUACGCGACUCAAGUCCAACAUCACGCGUUUGCCGGACGUUUUCCACGUGAGAAUCUAUGAAAAGUUAACUUGUCAAGAGGGCCGUUUGCAUUGGGGGGGGGGGGCUCUCUCUCUCGCGCGCGCACGCACGCGUCGUCGUCGGCGCUUCCGUGCGAUGCCAGAUGCGUGUCGCCGACGUGCUCGUGUGCGCGUGACACGUCCCGGAACCGGAGCGAGCGCGGGAUGGACGACGCCGCCGCCGCGGAGCUCCGGCGGGCUGAGCCGGAACCGGAGCCGCUCUCAUUAACCGUCCGCGGGCACGAGGACGAGGCGGCCCGCGGACAUAGUGACUCGGGAGAGGACGCCCUCGCCAACGGUCACGUGGAAGCCGAGCCCGCCUCCGACUCGGCCCAAUCCCCGGGCACCAGCUACUGGAGCGUCAGCGAGGGUCCGGACCGCCCCCCGCUCCUCUCCCCGGCGCCCGGACCUUCUGGACGCGAGCCUCGGAAGCGUAGAGCCUCGCGUCCGGGCUUGAGUCGGAUCCCGGGUCGCGAUCACCGGCGGUACUACCACGAGUACUGGCGCAGCGAGUACCUGAUGGACUUUGACCCACCGCGGCAUGGCAUGAUCUGCAUGGUUUGCGGCAGCUCCCUGGCGACCCUCAAGCUGAGCACCAUCAAGCGCCACAUCCGCCAGAAACACCCCGACUCGCUGCUGUGGAGCGCCGCCGACAAGGACGUGAUCCGGUCCGGUUGGGAGAGUCACCUGAGCCUUGGAGGCGGCGGGUCAUACGGCGUCGCGCCUGCUGAAGCCUCGCCUAAGGAAGACGACCCGUUGCCGCUCUCGGACUCUUGCGCAUCUGCCGAACCCGUGACGCCUAAUCCGCCACCGGAUGACCCGAGCAACUCUCCGGGGUCCAAGGCGGGCGAGGAGGAGGCGGGUCCUUCGGCGCGCAUGCUAGAACGCUACCUGAACGCGUCGCUGCACGCCUGGUUCCGACAGGAGUUCCUGAUGGAGUACGAGGCGGAGGCGGGCCGGCUGCUUUGCAUGGUUUGCGGUGGGCGGCCGCCCACGCUGCACUUGGAGCACAUCAAGAACCACGUGCUGGAGCACCACCCCGACUCGCUGCUCUACACCUCCCACCAGAAGCACUGCGUCCUACAGGCCUGGGCUCAAACGCACGAAGAGCCAGAGAACUCUGCGCAAUCGGAAACUGACGCCGGCUGGGACGUGCGUCUGAUCGGCGAAGACGGCGGCACAGAGGCGCCUCGGCCCGGUCCCGCGCGAAGGGGGCGGCCGCCCAAGUCGGGCGCCAACGCGUGGCGUCUGCGCCUCGACUACUUGGUGGCGUUGGGGCCCCGAGGCGGCGGCUACUACUGCAUGGUGUGCUCCCGAGUGGUGCGCGGGAGCCGCGUCCGGAGCUUCCGACGACACGUGCGGGAGUGCCACCCGGAGACGGCGUCCUUCAGCCGGGAACAACGGGAAGCUGUGGCGGCGGCCUGGACUGGGGACUUCGGCGCAGAUGGAGCUCUGGCACCCAACGAAAUGAGCACCAUUGACGCCGAUGUCCUAAAUACCACCAACCCGAAUGAGGACAUCUCCCUCGACGUCCAAUCGUCAGUGAAAGAAGAGGACGAAGAUGAAGUCGGGGUGAAGGACGCCACCCCGCGUCACAGCCAUUACCCGGGGAAGGACCAGCGACGGAACUACCAGGUGCGCUGGCGCACCGACUUCCUCAUGGACUACGACUGCCGGCGGCACGGGCUCAUCUGCAUGGUGUGCGGCGCGGCGCUGGCCACGCUGAAGGUCAGCACCAUCAAGCGCCACAUCCAGCAGGUGCACGCGCACUCGCUGCGCUACGGGCCCGAAGACAGGCGGCGUGCAGCGCUCGCCUAUGAGCGCAACGCCAAACAAUUCGUCCACGCCGACGACUGCUUCCUCUUGCAAGAUCACGCGCGGACUGACGCUGCGGGGUUUUGAUCCGUGGAUAGCUGAGCACUUGCAACCCGGUUUUGACUAAACGCAUGCGUUCCAUUUACACUUCUCAACCCGGAAAAUCUCAGGGAUUGUGCAUUUGUUUCAAUGGAUGACCCGGCAAAACUGCUAUGUCACAAAAAGGUAACAUUUAAACAUCAUGUUUUCCCAACAGUGGCACUUACAUGUAUGAGAAACUUAAUUUAAUUGAAUGUAUUGGUUACCCGUUUUUCCUUCGAUACCACCUUUUGUGUGUCAAAAUAAAGUUUCA